UGAAGGUGAUUUGAGCAUCUCAAAGAGCUGAAAUGAGUGGCAAAUUGGCUCAUUACAUUUAUUAUUUAUGCGAGAAAUGUAUCGUUUAGCGUUCGAAAUUAUUGAAUUUUUUUUGUUAGUUAUGACUACAACUGUAGUUUUGCUAUGCUUGUUGCUUAGUAAAAGAAAAGUAGAAAAGUUAAAUAUGUGUUAGCAAAUUUUGAUAAAAUUAUAUUAAAGAUUAAACUAACAGCUGGCCACAAAUUGUUUAUGUCAUUUUUAAAUUAUCUUUUAAUAUGUAUGUUGUCGGCUCCAACCGCUAGGGUUGCAUAAAUAAUAAGCAUUAUAACGUAAAAUUGAAAAAGAUAGAACGUCAUAAAAUUCGAAAGCACUCAAAAAAAAGUGAUUUCCAUGUGCUACAAUAAGUUGCUAUUUUGGCAUUUUCUUUUAAUUAUUUAAUUCAAUUGGCGAAAAUUACAUUUUUUGUUUGUUUGCAUUUUGUUUAGGGGGGCUAGAACUGUGCCAUAACAUCCUAGAGGAACAAUUACUAUUAUAUCCGCAGGGUGUGUGGUGUGUGCUCUCGAAUGACGUCGAGUCCAAAAAUUUCAAUUACUAACAAUUUUACAAUAACAAAUAGGUCGAUUUUUUCGUCUAAAAUCGUAAUUUUGGCUUGAAAAUGGUACCAAAAAUUGAAAAAUUAAAAAAAAACUCCACGUCAAUUGAAAGAUAAACUAAUAAACUAAAGAAAGCAUUUUGAUUUUUUGGUUUUGGAUGAUCCAGCGAUGCUGUAGGCUGGUCACCGCACAAGCACUUUUUUCGAGGUGCCUGCAGAGAUCGACGAUAAAUCCGUUAUUCCUCGCUAUUUUUCGAUAAAACUUUUUUUAAGUAUCCUUCAAAUGUUGUACUUUCAUAUAAUAUUAAGUAAAAUUAACCUGCAGCAAUAAUUUUUUCUAAAAAAAUUCAUGAGAAAAGGUCUCUUUUCGACGAAAAAAACCUUACCUUAAACAACUCACUUGUUUUUAUUGGAGUUCUAUACAUUUAUUUACUUUACAGUUGCUACUUAUUCUAUAUACAAAUUUCCUUUAUUAUAUAUUCAGUUUGAAGCUGGACUGGCGGGAGGCGAAAUUGUACGCCAGCUAUUUAGUGGAGCACAGCAAAUGGUCUCGUACGAUUUACUCCUAUCAGCAAGCGGCUGUAAUGCUAAUGAACGAUGAUCUCGACGACAAUGAGCUGGAAACCGUUGAGUCUCUAAUGCAUGAUACACCCAAGUAUAAGCAAAGGAUCGCCGGAAAAUCACUACCUAUGGAGAAAUUCAUUUGUAAGAAGGUGGCGCGAUAUUUUGCGCAAAAUCAUUACCUCUGUCUUCCAGCUGUUGAGCUGAUGUUUGUCUGGAACGCAUUCAAAGUGCUUAGCAAAAAUUAUCAGUUAGCUGACGCUCAAUGCUCAAGCAUUGUGUUUUUUAUUACGUGGCGCUUGCUAUCGACAAAUGAAGCAGCCAUUCCUCGCAUUGCAAGAUCUUGAAGCGUGCAUGAACUUGCAAAGUCAAAUCAAAGAAGACACAUAUUUGAUGGCCUACGUCUGCGUGGAAUCGGGACUGGUGCAUGCAGACGAACAAAAUUAUGAAUUGGCUAUCACCACAAUUGAGGAAGCGAAGAAGAAAUACACUGGCUUUUCGCUGGAGUCACGCUUACAUUUCCGCAUACAUGGUGCGCUUAUGGAAUUUAAGGAAAAACUGAACUUUAAACAUUAAGUUGGAAAAUUGAAAUAAACAUAUUUAUGAAGAUUUGGUUAAAAAAUUAAAUACACAUAUUUUAAAUUAUUUUUACUACAACGUACGCGCAAAUGACGAUACACGCGAUUUCCCAAGUUCUACUGUACCUAUUCACCUGAACAUUUUGAGGUUGGAAUCGUAUUUUUUAUACUCUCGCAACAAAGUUACUAAAGAGAGUAUUAUAGUUUUGUUCACAUAACGGUUGUUUUUAACACCCAAAACUAAAUGAGUUAGAUAUAGGGUUAUAUAUACCAAAGUGAUCAGGGUAAAGAGUGUAGUUCAAAUCGGCUAAAAAGUGCAAUUAUAUGUUUACAAAUUAGCAAUUUUUCAUUAAAGUUAAGUGAACGAAUCAAAUUUUUUAGAUAACAUUGACAUUUUUUUUAGGUUCACAAAUUUAUUUCUACUCUUGUUCAUUUUUUUUUUUGUUUCAUUACUCUCGUACUAUUCAUGAUGCAAAAGCAUGAUGUCGAUAUCUGAUGGGACGGCACUUGUACAUCCCUUUAUUUCUUCUCAAGCCUAACAAGUUAUAAAAUCUGAAAUAUUUUUAAAACUUGAUAAGCUAAAGCAAGUGAUUGCGCUAUGUUUGAUUGCAGGGAUGUACUAAGGCAUUAGCCAGUGGGCUUGGAUGUUCACGGAGUUUAGAUGUAUAUGUCUUGUUGCUACCCUUUCCUUCCUUCUCCAGCAUAGGGAUGCCAAGGAUACGAACCAUAUUGUACAACGGUAAAAGGAAUAUCGAGACUUUUGCUUUAUUCCAUUAAAGCAAUUCUGCGACGAUUAUCGACAAUUGUUGAUGAAAUUUGAAGGUGCUAUAGUUUGGUUUUAUAAUUAUACGAUUAUAGUGUACGAAAUCCAAAGAGCAAUGCGGACAUUAAUGUACUGGUUGUUGUUGUUGUAGCGGUUAUCUAUCCCUGCCUGAAAAGAAGAGCAUAAAUCUAGUUGUCGUCGAAAUCAUCUAACGGGAGGCCCAGGAAAAGUGUUGUUUCGACGGGGUUGGACCAAAGGGAAAGGGGUGCUAGAUUAGUAGGGUUCGUUAGGCAUGCAAAAAAAGGUGGUUAGUGUCUUGCGGGACAUGUAUUUUGUAUGUCGGGGUUCAGUCUGGAUAAGUAGCAGUUUAACCUGCUACAAUAUCCAGAUCGAAGUUACGCAAGAGUCACUCUGGUUUCACGUGGCAACUCGAGCUCUUCGUCUGCUAUAGGUGGUGGUUUGGUUCGAAGGACGCCAUUCACUGGAAGGGAGUCAAUGAAGGUGUUGAUAGCACCACUGUGAAUGGCGUUUAAAGCGUGUCUAAAACUGUUUGCGUCCGCAGUCUGGUCGAUAUAUGGAUUAAGUUCGUCGACGUGUUGUAGGAAUGAUCUCUUGAUCCAGCAAGUGAUUACAUGGGUGAUUUCUAUGAAAACGGCAGGAAGUACUAAUUAUGCUAUCUGCUGCCUUGUCGUUUAGGAGUUGAUUUCUUCCAACUCCUUCUGUUUUACUACAACCUAUCGGGAGUACUCUGAGGUAGAAAUAAGUUAUGGAAUUUCUUAUACAUUUAAAAAUACGUUUACUAUGGGAUUUUAUAUAAUUAAGAUUAUUUUCGAAGAUACAGGAAAUGCCGGGUGCAGCAUCCAAACUUGCAAAACUUGAAACUGCUUUUUUUUCGAAAUGAUACCCGUGAUUUCUUUAAGUUUUAACUGUUCAUAUAUAUUUUGUUUUUCAAAACGAUACCCGCGAUUUCCCAAGUUCUACUGGACCUUUUCACCUGAACAUUUUGAUGUUGGAAUCGUAUAUUUUAUACUCUCGCAACAAAGUUGCUAAAGAGAGUAUUAUAGUUUUGUUGACAUAACGGUUGUUUGUAACACCCAAAACUAAACGAGUUAUAUAUAGGGUUAUAUAUACCAAAGUGAUCAGGAUGAAGAAUGUAGUUCAAAACCAGAUGUCUGUCUGUCCGUCCGUCUGUGCAAGUUGUAACUUGAGUAAAAAUUAAGAUAUCUUGAUGAAUAUGACUUGGAACACUUGUUUCUUGGCACCAUAGGAAGGUUGCUUUCGAAGAUGAGCAAAAUCGGACUGCCACGCCCACAAAAUGGCGAAAACCGAAAACA